AGCAUCAAUGGAUCAAUAGAACAGCGCGUUCACCGUUUAUAUUGACAUUGGAUUGUAUAUCAUCUCAUAAGUCGGCUGGUCGUGUGUGCUCGACGCAGGAAUAAAUUGCGCUUGGCGAAGUCGGUUCGACGCAGGAGUAAAUUGCGUUUGGCUGAGUCGGUUCGACGCAGGAAUAAUUGCGCUUGGCUGAGUCGGUUCGACGCAGGAAUAAAUUGCGCUUGGCCGAGUUCGUUCUACUACGCAGGAAUAGAUUGCGUUUGGUUGACUUGGUUCGACGCACGGAAAUAUUGCGCUCGAUUCAGCUGGUCGAUACGCGUUGUCACACAAAGUCGAGCACGGAUUGCAAUUGAAAUUGAACUUGAUCUAAACGCGUCAACACAACGAUGCGGUCUUCGAGUUGCCACAUUUCGGCCUGGGCACUUUUGCUUCUUGUAGUUUCUAUCCACUCGGCGCAAAUACCGAGAAUUCGAACACCUUUAUCAGAGGUGGAAAAUUCUUCAAACCCUGUGCUUGAAGUCGUUGAAAGCGUAGAAAAGCCUGACACCAAUUUCACGGGAGUAUUCCACAGCGAGUACUCCGUGCACUUCGAAGCCGAUCCCGAAAUGAACCUGAAAGACGAAGAACUCUAUCUCUCGUGGGAAGAAGCCUGGCCAAGCACUGGAAGACGUGUCGACAAAUUUAUUCGCCUGCAUCGAGAAGACCUCACUCUAAAUAUCAUCAGGGAAGAAGUCAAGCCGAUUCAUGAACGCGUCUUGUCCCAGAACACUCAAAGCAAACAUCGAGGUAAAAGAAAAAUAUUUUUCCGAGACAAUCGUUUUUAUAUUCCAUUGCGUAUAUUCGGGCAUCGUUUCCCUUUCGUCAGCGUGGUUAAACUGUCGACGGGUUGCACCGGUACUCUAGUUUCACCUCAGCACGUCCUAACAGCGGCCCACUGCAUUCACGACCAGUCGGACUAUGUCGCGGGUUAUAGCAAGCUCAAGGUUGGCCUUCUCCCUGAUUUGAGACUCAGCAAAAAGUUUCAAUGGAUUCGAGUGAACGAGACCUUCCUGCCAAACGGUUGGUUGAUGGGCAACGCGAAUGUUGCGUCUCGCUUUGAUUACGCUCUGCUGAAACUCGAAGAAGCUCACAGAAAACCGUUCUUCGAGUUGGCCGUUAGCGAAGGAAAGACAAGAGCCGUGAUCCAUUUUACUGCUUAUGAAGACGACAAGCCGGUGAAUACGCUUUGGUACAGAUCCUGCAGAGUUCAGGUGACAGAUGAACACGUUUUAUACCACUAUUGUGCGGCGAAGCCCGGCUCAUCGGGUGCUGGCGUGUACACCUGGAGCAAGGUGAAAGGGGAAUGGAACCGACGGUUGAUUGGCGUCUUCAGCGGAUACCGUUGGAAGACGUUCAAGGAAUGGUGGAAAAGGGACGCUGAUUUCAACGCGGCGAUCCGUUUUAACACCCUCAAAUACACACAGAUAUGCGGUUGGAUGGGAGAUUAUGCUUCGAGAUCGUGCAAACAGUUGAAGACUCAAGAGACAUGAUCUCAUCCACUUGGAGAAAGAAUUAGCAUAUUACAAUUUUAUUUUCUUUAAUGAAACAUCUUUACGAAAAGAUGCUCUUCUCUAAUUGCAUGCUUCGUUUAAGCAUAUUUUAAUCCUCACAAUUUCUCGUUUUCCCAUUUUAUACAACAAUACGACAACAUUGUUCAUUGUAUCAUUCGCCUUUGGGAAGAAAUAUAAUGUUUGGUAUGUCAA